ACCUCAGUAGCUCAGGCAGCAGCAAUUGAAUGUGUGCUGCAAACUUGCAGGAAAAGAUUUGACUAGGAGUUGUUUGAAACCAUGGGCAAUUUCCAAUUAGAAGAUUUUGUAGCUGGUUGGGUAGGAGGUGCUGCAAGUGUAAUCGUGGGGCAUCCACUGGACACAGUAAAGACCCGGUUACAAGCUGGACAAGGCUAUAGGAAUACACUCAACUGUGUCUUCACCGUGUACAGAAAUGAAACUGUCGCUGGGUUUUUUAAAGGAAUGUCUUUCCCAUUGGCCAGCAUUGCUGUCUACAGCUCUGUGGUAUUUGGUGUCUUCAGCAAUACUCAGAGAUUUAUUUGCCAGCAUCGCUAUGGAGAUUCCAACCAUGCCUCAACAGUCUCAGACUUGGUUGUUGCUAGCAUGGUAGCAGGAUUUGUUUCAGUAGGAAUUGGCUGUCCUGUGGACCUGGUAAAAAUAAGGCUACAGAUGCAGACACAGCCAUUUAUUCAAGCAAACAUAAACUUAAAGCCCCAGGCGGCUGGGUUUCCUGUUCAGACUGCGUACAGAGGCCCAGUCCACUGUAUUAGCUCAAUCCUCCGGAAAGAGGGCUUAGCAGGAAUAUACCGAGGUGCUGGUGCAAUGGUUCUGAGGGAUGUUCCUGGGUAUUGCCUAUACUUCAUCCCUUACACGUUUCUCUGUGAAUGGUUCACCUCAGAUGGACGCAGGUCUCCUAGUCCCUCUUCAGUGUGGAUAGCAGGGGGCAUAGCAGGAGCAAUCUCCUGGGGGACUGCUACUCCAAUGGAUGUUGUGAAAAGUCGACUUCAAGCAGAUGGGGUUCAUUUAAACAAGUACAAAGGGGUCAUUGACUGCAUCUCCCAGAGCUACCACAAUGAGGGCUUAAAAGUCUUUUUUAGGAGCAUGACAAUCAAUGCAGUGAGAGGAUUUCCAAUGAGCGCAGCCAUGUUUCUUGGAUAUGAACUUUCACUCAAAACAAUAAGAGGAGUCCAAGCUGACAUCAAUCCUUGACAUCCAGUGUCAUCAAGAAGACCAGGCCAGUGUCUUGCUUCCCUGAGCCAAAUCAGCGGUGUGGAACUGAUGAGAGCCUCAUUGGUGCUAGCAUACGAUAUGCUCUGAAGAGCCCCAUCAACAUAGUUUUCUCUCCUUUUCGUGGACCUAGUCAAUGAAGAGUGAGCUACAAAUCUGCACCAGCUAAAUCCAAAUCCAAAGAACAUUCUGUCCCUGAAAUCUUUCUCUCUGAAGUCCUAAAGCACCUUAACAAUUACUAUGGUUAUCUGGUUGUGAUCUAGCCCUCUGCCAGUAAUAUGUGUUGCCAGUGAGCCAAUGGUGAAACACAUUUCCCCCUGACAACAUAAGCAGUCAUCUGUUCCCAAAGGCUGGCAGCUGGUAACACUAGAGUUAUGUUGUGUCCUUUCUAUACAUCAUGCUCUUGACACAUCAUCUCCAAGAAUGUAGGACUUCUCUUUUUGUCAACAAAGAUGUUCCACCUCCUUAGGUAUCAAAGGAAAAAUAGCUUUGUACCCUGUAGUUCUGCAUUCCUUCCAAAUUGUAGCUUGGAUCCCAGGGACAAAAAAAUUGGUUAUUUAUCCCUGUCUUUGGAGAACAUUGUGCUACAUCACACCAUUGCCAGAAGAGUUUGGUGUGAUUUCCUACAGUCUUUUCUCAAGAAGAUUUGGAGGACUUCCGUAACAUUAGGAGGGCACAGACUGAGGGAAGUUCAGUGGGAAAGCUAUGGGAAUGCUUAUUACUGUCUCUGAUUUGCUAGCCGGCGCUAUUAGUCCUCAUCUUUCAUGAGCACCACAUUUGAUACACUUUGUUUUCUGCUUUCCCAAAAUUUACUUAACUUUCUUUACAGACUUCUUGUACUCUACCUCACCAGACACACUGAUUGGUAGGCCUCUCAAACAAAUGCCAACUCCUGCAGAACUUUCAUUGGUUUUGAUGGAGGCUCUGGUUGAGUUGGGGCUAUAGGAUGAGGCCCAAAAUAUUUUCUCUAAAGCACUGGCUUGGCUUCAGACCUGCUGCCAGCAGGUCUAAUCCCAUUUACAGCAGCAGGUGUCAGCAUGAGAUCUUAAUUUGCUCUUCUGUGUCCAUAGCCUCCUGCCAAGGUCUUGUGUCUUUACAUUGCUGUGUCUAACUUCUAAAAAUCUUCAUGAUGUCUUUCUUAAGGGGCAAGUUUCUGAUGCAGAGAAUAGAGUAGCCAUGGCAGGUAAAUGCAAGGCUUUUGAUGGUACCUGUAGAUAGCAAGAGUGAAGUUGUGGGACCAAGAUAGAGAAAGCAAAGGGACAGCGUGUUCUGCAAGAAGAGUUGGGAAGGCCACUGCAAUAUGGAAGGUGUAUAGUUUGCUCAGUCCCAUCUUUGAGCUUCUCCUGUGGGAACAUAUAGAAAGAAAAGUAGCAACUGUAACCGGAGUGCUGAGGGAAUUGGCAGAGGUCAUUGCGGGACCCCUGGCACAGCUUUACGAGCACUUGUGGUGCUCUGGUGAGGUGCCAGAGGACUGUAAAAGGGCCAAUGUAGUCCCCAUUU